AUGGGGGAAAAGGGAAAGAGGAAGGACAUGGGUGCAAAUCUCAUAAAAACUUCGGAGAGCGAUGGUGCCUGGGAAACAGUAGAGAUUGGGAAUUCCUUUCCACCCAACAUUUCUGCUUUAUACGAAUCUGGGAAACUGAAAGUGCAGAUUGAAUCCCUGCGAGCUGGGAGCAUCAUUGUGAGACUCAGAAUUGCAGUGCAGGAUCCUGGGUUUCCAGUUAAUGCCUCCACCUUUGCCCCAAUGCUUUCAUACUUGUACAAUGGCUCCGUACUUUUGGUGGAUCAGCAGAACUCUACAGUAGAAGACUGGGAUGAAUGUGCUUCUCCCACGGACAAUGACUGCUCCAUGUUUGCACAUUGUAUCAAUCUGAUGGGCUCAUACCUCUGCAAAUGCAAGACAACCAUGGACACCAAUCCAUCCCGGCCUGGAAGAAACUGUGAGGGUGAGAUAGUGAGCCCUCUGACUGAAAGAACAGCCUUCGAAGUAGCAAGCAGCACACAGCUUGCUCCUGAAGCAAGCUCUGCAACCUCUGCCUUCCCCACCAUCACUGCAGGCUCUGAGAUGAGCAACAUCGCACACCACCUUGCUGUACUGCCACUGGGUGAGAGGCAAACACCCCCUCACCAUUCUACCACCAGCACUCCUCCAGCCUCUUGGAAUAAAAGCCUGACUCCACACAUGGCCAGAGACAAUAACCCCACAUCUGUGACGGCAGAGCAGCAGACCACCACGAGUCCAUCACAGCAGAGCUCAUUGGCUGAGUCUUCCGCUUGUACAUCGCAGCAAGUGGCCACUCUCACAAAUGCAUCCAUUGGCACAGACGAGCAAGAGCAACGUAGUUCUCCAUUGCCAAUGUUAUCAAACCAAACAGUCUUGGGUAUCUCUGGAAGUCAUGCAGCUUUUGAAGAGCCUCAAGUCCACUCUCAAGAUGGCCCCAUCACAGCUCUGUCAGCCACAGGGGAUGCAGGAGCUUCCAUUCUCAGUGCCACUCUCAAUACACACACACAGACAGGAAGAAAAAACAGCUCUUGGGCUGAGAAUCACACCACAGUCCUGGGGUCACCAGCUCUGCCAGGCUUCUCCUUGCCUCCCAGAUCAAUGCCAAGCCCAGCCAUGGACCACACUGUUCAGAAACUUAAUGGAGUGGUGCGGAUAACAAAUGUGAAAUACUCACCGGGCUUUAGCAAUGCAAGCAGUGAGGAAUAUCAAAACUUUGCACAGCUCUUUGUUGAUGAAGUACAUAAAUCACUGCCCCUUGAUGUCCUUCAGCAGAUGGAUGCUGGUCUGAUUAAAGUGUUGAUAACUGAUAUUACUAAUGGGAGCACUGUGGUAAGUUUCCAUUUACUGAUUGCAGAAGAUGUGGAUAUCUACUACAUCAUCACCGCUUUUCAUGAUGCAAUUGAACACAGCUCCUAUUUCAAAGUUGACAAGAACAGUCUCUUCAUAAAUGAUUAUGAUGAGUGCAAGAGCAAAGAAGAUGACUGCUCCCCAGAUGCAUCAUGUUAUAACACACUUGGAUUUUACCACUGCAGUUGCAAUGAUGGAUUUGCUGAUGUGCAUCCAGAAAGACCCGGAAGAAACUGUGCAGCAUUUCCUACAAGCCAGGAGGGAAUUGUGGUGGACAGGAAGCCUGUACCCAGUGCAGUUUUACCUGUGGCAUCUUUGGAGACUUCAACUUAUAUUUCCUCCAUUGCUUCAUUGAACUUAUCUGCUACUCAAAACAAAGCUCUGGAGGACACCCCAUUCUCCAGUGUGACGCUACCUCUUCUUACCACGGGUUCUGAGUCAGCUUCCAAUGUUCCUCCUCGAGCAUCUCCUGCCCCCCUCAUUAAGCCUGCCCAGGAGGUUUCCAUCAAAGAUGCAGUGACAGUGUUCUGUGAAAUUGAGAAGACCAUUCUUGCCAUCCAAAAGGGAUUUUUACUUCAGGAAUCCAUCCCUGAAUCCUCUCUGUACCUGGGGGAGCCUCUUUGCAACGUGAGCAUCAGCAAUGGCACUCAUGCUGUGCUGCAGGCUGGCUGGAGCGAAUGUGGCACUGAAGUUGAGACCAAUGUGACUAACACCAUAGUGAAAACCAUGCUACGGAAUGAUGAUUCUGCUCAGGGAGUAAUCCACCACUUAAAAGUUGCUAGUCCUAUUCACUGUGUGUUUCAAAACAAUCUCUUGACUUCCUCUGGAUACACUGCAGAAGGAAUUUACACUAUUUUUGAGGAUUUACAUGGAUCUGGACGCUUCAGAACAGAAAUGCAGUUAUUUAUUGGAAACUCCCCAGUACCAAAAAAUUUCAGUAUCUCUGCCAGUGAUGAUGUCCUGAUUGAAGUGGGGAUUCAGAGAGAUGACAGCAAGCUGAAAGUGGUCCUCACUGACUGCUGGGCAACUCCAACCAACAAUUCAGUGGAUCCCCUCUCGUUUGCUUUUAUCAAGAACAGCUGUCCUAUUCCAAAUACAUACACCACGCUUCUAGAGAAUGGAAAUUCAAGCAAAGCACAGUUUAAGAUGAAGAUUUUUUCCUUUGUCAACAACUCUGUAGUUUACUUACACUGCAAAAUUCGUAUCUGCAUGGAGACCCGGGGAAGCACCUGCAGGACAAGAUGCCAUACAGCUCGAUCCCUGAAAACCGGUGAAAUCGUCGCUACCCACAGAACAUCCUGGGGUCCUCUGUGUAAAUCUGCCGGUGAGUUACGAAUAGAUGUUUGCAAAAAGGGGGACAGAGAGUCUUAA